AUGGCGUCGAACACUGCGAUUGACUACAACGAAAUCCAAGAGAACGAGAUCCAGCUGCUCGAAUCGAUGCAUUCCGAGAAUUUCGAGCAUGUGGCGACGCACGUCGGCGCGUGGAGCACGCCCAAGAAGAACAUCUCGCGCACCUUCAGGCUGAAGAUUACGCCGCCAUCAGACCCGGAAGCAGCGGUUGCCCUGACAGUACGCUUCACCGCCACAUAUCCCAGGACCGCGCCUGCCCUUGAAGUCGACGCGUUGGAACAGUUCCACGAACGCACGCAGAAGAAGAUUCGCAGGAUCGUCCAGGAGCGACCCAAGAAGCUGACGGGCGAUGACCCGUUCAUCCACAUCAUUACCGAGGAAAUUGCAGACGCGCUCGAGGACGCCGUGACGGCUCGCAAGAAAGGUGCUCUGCCCAGUCUCGACGACGAGCGCGCCACGGCGACCGAGACAGCCAAUGCGCUGGCGAAGCAGGCAGAAGAGGCCGAGGCCGCGAGAGAACAGCAGCGUCUCGAAGCCGAGCUGGAGGAAGAGAGCGCGCUGCUGAAGAUGGCAAAGGUCCACGUCGCCCGUCAAGAAAAGCGCAAGUCCUUGAACCCAGCCAAGGAGCUCCUUCCCAAGCAGACAGCGGCCAAAGACGAGAUGCCUCGCAAAAUUACGUUCGAACACUCAUCCACCAUCGACACGACUCACGGCUCCGAGACCUUUACCGACGUGCUGAUUACGGGGAUUCUGAGCCACACCGCCUCCGAGACCACCUUCCUUGCCAGUCCCACCACCAACGGCAUCGCAGCGCUGGUGUCUAUCAAGAGGAGAUUCAUCAAGAAGCCCAAAUCCGAAAUCAUCAACCUCGAAUCCGUCUUGGCUGCUGCUCAGAAGCUCAAGCAUCAGAAUCUGCUGAAUAUAUAUGCCUACCGCGUUUCUCAGGCUGGCGCAAGGACUGAGCUCUACAUUUGCCGCGAAUUCGCUGACAGGGGAACCCUCCACGAUCAUCUAUCACACAGCGAAGUCCACCUUCCAGGCGCAAGACAGCUCACUCUCGAGCUACUGCAGGGUCUAGACUUCCUCCACCAACAUGGCAUGAUUCACGGAUACAUCACGACGCGCACUGUAUACCUGUCUGGCACCUCAUUCUCUCCCAAGCUCUCGGGCUUCGGUUACAGCGUUGUUCUAGGCCUAUAUGACGAGAAUCUUCCAGAUGGCUGGCGCUUUUCCAAGACCAACGCCGAGUCGCAAUCCUCUCAGCGCAAGGACAUCUGGGACCUUGGCACAGUCGUAGUGCAGAUCUUCCUCGGCCUUCAGGUCAUCGGAGAAUUCGCAAAUCCCCAGCAGCUCUACAGUAGACGCGAUCUAUCACGCGCCUUUGUCGAAUUCCUGCGCAAGAUGUUCUCCACCGACAAAAAAGCGACCUCAUGCUUCGACUUGAUCCCGUCCGAGCUAUUACGCAGCGAUACGCCGAUUGUGAACCGGGAAGAGGCCAGCACCGACUCAGUCAGUCGCCGAGGACGGCACAAUUCGGCUAACAUCCGUGUUGCGCCGCUGUCGCGCUACGAAACCGAGUUUACGCAGCUGUCGCGGCUUGGAAAAGGCGGCUUUGGAGAGGUAGUGAAGGCUCAGAACAGGCUGGACCAGGGCGUAUAUGCGGUAAAGAAGAUCAAGCAGUCGACGCAGUUCCUCGACAAAGUUCUGCAGGAGGUGAUCUUGCUCAAUCGACUCAACCACCCGUAUGUGGUCCGAUAUUUUGCGACCUGGAUUGAAGCAGAAGUGGAGAAAGAGGAGGAUGCCGUCUCCACCAGCAGCGAAGAGUCUUCGCCUGGUGUAGACUUCGGAUACAGCACGGGCGGAAUAGACUUCGUGAGCAACUCUCACGCGGGCUUCGAAUUCGGCAACGAUAGCGAAGGAAAUGCAGAUGAGUCCGUGGAGGGAGAGGGCAGCGAAGGUGAGUCGAUGCAUGAUCCACCGAAGACCGUAGACAGAGCACCUUCGACUCCGCACAGCAGCGUCGCAUCACAUGCUAGCAGAAAGAGCUGGAGUGGGCCACGCCAAUCCACUCUGUACAUCCAGAUGGAGCUGUGCGACAAGCGCUCGUUGCGCAACCUCAUUCGAGAUGGCAUGACCAGCGACGAGGUCUUUAGAUUCGCGCGACAAAUCACAGAGGGUCUGGACCAUAUCCACAGCAACGCCAUCAUACACCGUGACCUAAAGCCAGACAACGUAUUCAUCGACAGCGUUGGCAACCCCAAGAUCGGCGAUUUUGGCCUUGCCACCACCAGUCAAUACACCGACCCAACAGCCGGAUCAAAGGAAAGUGGAAGCGGCGAUAUGACCAGAAGCGUAGGGACUGCCUUGUACGUUGCGCCAGAACUUCAGUCGACAGGCAACGGGCGACCCAGCGAUAAGGUGGACAUGUUUUCUUUGGGAAUCAUCAUAUACGAGAUGAGCCAACCGUUCGGCACAGCGAUGGAACGCGUGGUCGAGCUGAAUAGAAUCAGGAAGAAAGGCGAAACACUGCCCGAGGCGUACUUGGACGACAACGAGAAAGCCCGAGAAGGACGACUUAUCAACUGCCUUAUCGCCCACAAGCCGAGCGAGCGACUAAGCAGUGCUGAGCUGCUGCGAGAUGACCGACUACCGAUCAACAUUGAAGAUGCCACUGUGCGCAAAGCCCUAGGCACGCUCACCGAUCCGAAUUCACCUUAUCACCAGACCUUCAUGUCGGCAGUAUUCGCUCAGUCCAAGAGUGCUACUACCGCCAAAGCGAAGAGCCUACCCUGGGAAGUGAAGGCCAAUACCAAGCCGGACGAUCCCGAACGCGUGCGCCUACGCGGCAUCACAAGAACAGCACUUGAGACCGUCUUCCGACGCCACUGUGCAGAGGAGGUCCGGAGAGACUUCAUAUUUCCACGCUCGCACUAUUAUCAAGGAAAUGAUGUGGUGCAGCUCCUUGAUGCAUCGGGAAAUGUAUUGCAGCUGCCAUACGACCUCACGCUACCAUAUGCGCGACAGUUGGCGCGACAGCCAGCCUCGACGAGGUGCACAUUUACGGUCAGUGGCGCCUAUCGCGAUCCGGGAAAUGGCGGACCUCCAAAGAACACCGUUGAGGCUGAUUUCGACAUCAUUAACAACGGUGAAGACAAGGACAUCACCAUCAACGAUGCAGAGAUCCUCCAGGUCAUGGACGAAAUACUCUCUGAGCUGCCGUUCUUUGCACCUGACGGCUCGGUCUAUUACUGGAUGACUCAUGGCGCACUGGUAGAGGCAGUCAUGGAUCACUGCCGCGUAUCCCACGAACACAGGUCUCAAGUGAAGAACUUGGUGUCUCGCCUUGGUUUUGAUCGAGCCUGGGACGGGCUACAGUCCGAGCUCCGUAAGGUGGGGCUCACUGAUACAACGCUGGCAGAUUUGAAGAAGUUUGACUGGCAUGACUCGCCAGAGAAGGCCUUCAAGAAGCUUGAUACAUUGUUCUCGGACGCAACAGAACGGAUCCGUCGGCAUGCCACUAUUGCCAUGAACGAGCUGCGAAAGAUCUACGAUCUGGCAAUCAGUGCUUAUGGGCUCUCUCGCAAGCUUCAGAUCAGACCAUUGAGUUGUUGGAACGUGAAAUUCUACACCACUGGAAUGCUUUUCCAAUGCGUUGUUGAAGAUAGGAAGCACAGUCGGACUCCCAUCGCUGCUGGUGGACGCUACGACAGCCUCAUUAGUGCUCAUCGGAUACUGGAGAACUCGACAGCAUCACAGCAGGGCGCGGUCGGUCUCGUAUUCGCUGUUGACUCCUUCGUUACCAACAUCUUGAAGACUACCGCUGCGGGCACGAAGAAUAAAUUCACUAAGAAGACAUCGAGCACUCAGCCACUUGCGAAACGAGGAGACGUGCUCGUCGUCGCUGGUGGUACAGAAGGUGUUCAAGCUGCAGGUAUCAAGCUCGUCGCAUCACUCUGGGCAAAAGGAGUCUCUGCCGAGCUUGCCCGCGAUCAAGACAGCAGAUCGAUGAGCCAUCUAUUCGUUGUCCACCUGAGGCACGAAGCUUCGACGACAGUCAGGUUUACUAGCACUGACAACGACGCCGAAGAUGUCGAUAUUGCUGUCAACAAUCUUGCCAGCCAUGUGCAACAGGAACUGCGCGUGAGGGCACAGAGCAAAAAUCACAUGUCUCUCUUGCCAAGCGCUUCCAGCCAUCAGGAAUCCGAUCAGAGAGGCAAGGUGCAAGUUCUCAUGGUAGAGAGAGGAGGCAAGAAAGAAAAUAAAUUUUCGAUUGUUGAGAAUGCUCAUUCUCGCUGGGAAGAUGCUCUUGAGGAAUGGAAGAAUGCGGAGAUUUUGGCCAUCGAGGGCAGGGACAGCCUACUUGAUCUUGUGCAGAAGACUAAGUUGAGUGAUGCUGGAACUUGGAGGAAUGCCAGAGACCACGCGGCUGCGACCGACAAGAAUUACCUUUUCCAAAUUCGGGAGGCGCUUGAGGGCUUGCAGAAGAAGUGGCAGGAAGGCAAUGGCCUGCGGGUCUGUUGUGUGCACCACUUCCGUUCGGGUAAAAUAAUUUACUACGACUUGGGCGCCUGA